GAUAAGAGAGAGAAGAGUAAUUUUCGAAAUGAAAUUAAGCUGUUAAGAAAAGAACUGAAGGAGAGGGAAGAGGCAGCCAUGCUGGAAAGCCUCACUUCGGCCCACGUCGUCCUUGCAACGAACACAGGUGCUUCUCCUGACGGCCUGAAGUUGCUGCCUGAGAGCUACUUUGAUGUGGUGGUCAUCGAUGAGUGUGCGCAGGCCCUCGAGGCGAGCUGCUGGAUCCCCCUGCUGAAGGCACGGAAGUGUGUCCUGGCUGGAGAUCACAAGCAGCUGCCCCCCACCACGGUCUCACACAAGGCCGCGCAGGCGGGGCUUUCGCUCAGCCUCAUGGAGCGCCUGGCCGAGGAGCACGGCGCCAAGGUGGUGCAGAUGCUGACCGUGCAGUACCGCAUGCACCAGGCCAUCAUGCGCUGGGCCUCGGAGGCCAUGUACAGUGGGCAGCUUGUGGCUCACCCUUCCGUGGCCGGGCACCUCCUGAGGGACCUCCCGGGUGUGUCUGCCACGGAGGAGACAGGCAUCCCCUUGCUGCUCGUGGACACAGCGGGCUGCGGGCUCUUUGAACUGGAGGAGGAGGAUGACCAGUCGAAAGGGAACCCUGGUGAAGUCCGCCUCGUCAGUCUGCACGUCCAGGCUCUGGUGGAUGCUGGGGUCCAAGCAGGUGACAUUGCCAUCAUCACGCCAUACAACCUUCAGGUGGACCUGCUCAGACACAGCCUUGUGCACAGGCACCCCGAGCUUGAAAUUAAGUCCGUCGAUGGCUUCCAAGGCCGAGAGAAGGAGGCUGUGAUCCUUUCCUUCGUCAGGUCCAACAGGAAAGGUGAAGUUGGUUUUCUUGCUGAGGACCGGCGGAUCAAUGUUGCCAUCACCCGUGCACGGCGCCACGUGGCGGUCAUCUGUGAUUCCCGCACCGUCAACAACCAUGCUUUUUUGAAGACCCUGGUGGAUUACUUCACAGAGCAUGGGGAAGUGCGCACAGCCUUUGAGUACCUUGACGACAUCGUCCCUGAAAACUACUCCCAUGAGAGCUCCCAGGGGCACAGCCAGGCUGCUGCAAAGCCCCAGGGCCCUGCUUCAUCUGCUGGGAAACCUCCUGGAAGCAGGUGGCAGGAGAGGGGCGGAGGCCAGGAGACUGGAACAGCUGCCCGGCAGGAUCGGAAGAAGCCAGGCAGGAAGCCUGUGGGCUCUGCAGCCUGUUGCCAACCCAGUCUCAAGGGAGGCAGCCCACGGGGAGUGGAGAGCAAGGACAGUGUGGACCACCUCAGGGCCGUGAUAGCCGAGUUUGCAGCCAGCGAGAAGACGCAGUUGGAGUUUCCUGCUUCCUUGAAUUCCCAUGACCGCAUGCGGGUCCACCAGAUAGCUGAGGAGCACGGGCUGAGGCACGACAGCACGGGGGAGGGCAAGAGGAGGUUCAUUACUGUGAGCAAGAGGACCCCGCUGGCCCUGGCAGGCGCUGGCAGCAAAGCCCCUCUCUAUCCCACGCCCCUCAGCCCCGUGCAGAGGGAUCAGCCCCCCAGGGAGCAGCUGCCUCCUGAGAAGCAGCCCCCUGGAGAGCAGCAGCCCCCCAGGGAGAAGCAGCCCCCAAGGGAGGAGCAGCCCCGCAGGGAGCAGUGCAGCUGGGACCAGCUGGACCUGAGGGCGCUGCACCUGGAGAGGCUGCAGAGGGAGAAAGGCCGGCAAGAGCAGCCAGCCAAGAAGGGGCAGCAGGCUGUGGGCUCAGGGCCGUGCAAAUUUCCAGAAAAGAAGAAGAAAAAAGAAGUGAAAGGACCUACAGCUGUAGAUUUGCCUGUGGAGGAGGAGGACUUUGACGCCCUGGUUUCGGCUGCUGUUAAGGCUGAUAACACGUGUGGCUUUGCUAAGUGCACAGCCAGCAUCACGACCCUGGGCCAGCUCUGCCAGCUCUGCAGCCGUCGCUACUGCCUCAGCCACCAGCUGCCUGAGAUCCAUGGCUGUGGUGACAGGGCUCGUGCCCACGCCCGUCAGAGAAUCAGCCGGGAAGGCGUGAUCUAUGCCGGCAGUGGGACCAAGGACAGGUCCCUUGACCCAGCCAAGAGGGCCCAGCUGCAGAGGAAGCUGGAUAAGAAGCUGGGUGAGCUCAGCAGCCAGAGAACGAGCAAGAGGAAGGACAAGGGGACAUGACCAUCUGCGUAUUCCCACAUACCUCCAGUGCCCCCACCUGCAGGGAGUGCCCCUAGGGGAGAGCCCGCUGCUCGUGCCAGGCCAGCCUGCAGACACAGCCAUACGCUGUCUCUACCAGGGACAUGCGGGGCGGCCCGCCAAGUGCUGUCUGACCUUUCCUCGCUCCUGCCCCGGCACCGUAUCCCAGUCUCUUCCUUCUCUUCCAGUCAAAGCUGAAGUCCCAGCGUCUAGAUCUAGGGGAAGGAUCCAUUCCCUUGGAGAUGUGCCUGGCCUCAAACUCUACUAAGGUGACUUCUC